CGUGCGCAGGGCGGCGGCGCGGCGGCGCGGGGACGCGCGGUGACCGUUGGCGCUGAGGGGAGGAGGUAGCAGCCGCCGCCGCCGCCGUUGCGCAGAUCCGGGCCGCGGCUGAGGGGAGGGCGACGGAGUGGGUGACCUUCCGGAGGCGGGAGCGAGCCAGGAGGCCCGGGGACGCCGAGCGCCGCCGCCGCCACCGCCAUGAACAACUCGGGCGCGGACGAGAUCGGGAAGCUCUUUGUGGGCGGCCUUGACUGGAGCACGACCCAAGAGACUCUGCGCAGCUACUUUUCCCAGUAUGGAGAAGUUGUCGACUGUGUUAUAAUGAAAGAUAAAACAACCAACCAGUCUCGUGGUUUUGGAUUUGUUAAAUUCAAAGACCCAAAUUGUGUAGGGACAGUGUUGGCCAGCAGACCGCAUACCCUGGAUGGCCGUAACAUCGACCCGAAGCCAUGCACACCUCGGGGGAUGCAGCCAGAGCGAACACGGCCGAAGGAAGGAUGGCAGAAAGGACCAAGGAGCGAUAACAGUAAAUCAAACAAGAUCUUUGUCGGUGGGAUUCCCCACAAUUGUGGCGAGACAGAGCUCAGGGAAUACUUCAAGAAAUUCGGAGUGGUAACUGAAGUGGUCAUGAUCUAUGAUGCGGAGAAGCAGAGGCCUCGAGGUUUUGGAUUUAUUACUUUCGAGGACGAACAAUCAGUGGACCAGGCUGUCAACAUGCAUUUUCACGACAUCAUGGGCAAAAAAGUGGAGGUUAAACGGGCUGAACCUCGGGACAGCAAAAGCCAAGCGCCAGGACAGCCGGGUGCCAGCCAAUGGGGGAGCCGCGUCGUGCCCAAUGCUGCGAACGGUUGGGCAGGCCAGCCCCCACCCACGUGGCAGCAGGGAUAUGGCCCACAAGGAAUGUGGGUGCCAGCAGGACAGGCAAUUGGUGGCUACGGACCGCCCCCUGCAGGACGAGGAGCCCCACCUCCACCCCCUCCGUUCACUUCCUACAUCGUGUCUACCCCGCCCGGUGGCUUUCCCCCUCCUCAGGGCUUCCCACAGGGCUAUGGUGCCCCACCACAGUUCAGUUUUGGCUAUGGGCCUCCGCCUCCACCUCCGGAUCAGUUUGCCCCCCCAGGGGUCCCUCCUCCACCUGCUACUCCAGGGGCAGCGCCUCUCACCUUCCCACCACCUCCAUCUCAGGCUGCUCCAGACAUGAGCAAACCGCCAACGGCCCAACCAGACUUUCCUUAUAGUCAGUAUGCAGGUUACGGGCAGGACUUGAGUGGCUUUGGACAAGGCUUCUCGGACCCCAGCCAGCAGCCCCCUUCCUACGGGGGCCCCUCAGUGCCAGGGUCAGGAGGUCCCCCCGCCGGCGGCAGUGGCUUUGGACGAGGUCAGAACCAUAACGUGCAAGGAUUCCACCCCUACCGACGCUAGUCGUGCGCCAACGGACAUCAGCACCAGCUGAGACCAGGAUUCGGAACUUAUGAACUUGUGACAAUCACAAACUUGGCAGAAAAAUAGCGACUGAACCUGGGGGGGGAGGGCGGGGCGGAGGCUGUGGAGGUGGCUGUGGGUGUCUGGACUGAGGUUUUUAAAUAUAUUUCUUUCUUUCUCUGACCCAUCAGCACAAUAAAAAACAAGUCACUGGUUCAACAACAGGGUUUAAAAAAAUGUCUUCAGCUUUAAUUCAAACUUCAGGUUUCUUUUUCCUUUUCUCUUUUUUUUUUUUUCCUCGAAAUUAUUUUCCUGAGCCUUUUGUUUUACCGUAUAUUGUAAACUUUUAUGUUAAAGAAAAAAUAUACAUUUACAAAUUGUGAGAUUUUUAAGAGAAAUUUUCUACAAUGUAUACUGGCUUAUUUUUUAAUUUAAAACAGGGUUCCGUAGGCACUGGUGGGAGUGGGGGCUUUUUUUGUUCCCUUGCUCCUGGCUUGGGGGUUGGGACUUGUUGGUCCAGAAACUCUGGGAGCUAAAGAAGAAAUCUACUGAGUGUGUUUUUGUUUUUUGUUCAUUCCUUGCUUUUGCUGGCUGGCCUGCUUAGUGGUAUCUGCAGAGCACUGUGGGGAGGUUCUCGUGCGGCUGUCUCACUCACGCGGCAGUGCUGACAUCUGGGUGGUCUGGACCCCAUGCAGCAGGCGAUGCCUGGGCUUGAAGCUUGCCUCCCCUGGGCACGUGGCUUCAGGGCAUUUCCCACUGACCAGUUUGACCCUGGUUUGAAUAAAGAGAAGUGCGUUUGGAUUAGAAACCCA